GCCUCCCGAGUCAAAAUCACCAAAGAAACAAAUUACAAACAGAGGAAGCCAUAGAAGAAGAAGAAGAAGAAGAAGAGGGAGGCAGAGAGUUGGUUGGUUGGGUUCCUGCAGAAAUUGAAAGGAUGGCGUUGGCGGUGAAGGCUUUUCCGUUAACAGUGGUGAGUCACGUGGUGGGAAUCGUGGCGAUGAUAAUGGUAUUGGUUUGGACCAUUCAUUUCAGAGGCGGUCUUGCUUGGGAAGCUGUUAAUAAGAACCUCAUCUUCAACAUUCAUCCUGUUCUUAUGCUACUGGGAUUGAUCAUCAUAGGAGGUGAAGCAAUAAUGAGUUAUAAAUCACUGCCAUUAAGGAAAGAAGUGAAGAAAGUGAUCCAUUUGGUAUUACACGGAGUCGCAUUGGGACUUGGUAUUGUAGGGAUAAUCGCAGCAUUCAAAAACCAUAAUGAAAGUGGAAUUGCUAAUCUAUACAGCUUGCAUUCUUGGAUUGGAAUUGGGGUUAUUAGCCUUUAUGGUCUUCAGUGGGUGUAUGGGUUUGCUACAUUCUUCUACCCGGGUGGGUCUGGGGAUCUCCGAAGAGUAUCACUCCCUUGGCACGUCGUAUUUGGGCUCGCUGUUUACGUAUUGGCCGUUGGCAACUCGGCCUUAGGUUUCCUUGAGAAGCUCACGUUUCUGGAGAGCGGCGGCAUCCCCAAGUACGGGACGGAGGCGUUUCUUGUCAAUUUCACUGCCAUCACCACUAUCAUUUUUGCUGUGUUUGUCAUAUUGUCUGUUAUUUCUCAGCCUUGCGCUCAACAAGAAGACGACCAUGGCGCUUAUUCUGCUAUAUGAAUUAUAUCAUCAUACUAAGCCUACCUGGCUUCCUCCUUUAUUUCUUUAUGCUCUAUAAAAUGUGUCACCUCCAUAAACUUUGUGCUACUGUGUACCCCGAUCCCCAUCUCUUUCACUCUUUUGCUUGUUUUUAAGGUAUACUACUAAGAUUUAUACGCUAUACUCUUAUAUAUGUUGACAACUACAUCACACGUUUGCUCUUGUUUAGAAGGACUUAAUUACUCUUCUUCCUA